AAGGCAAUAUCUACCUCUUUCUCUCCUCUCUCAAGAAGCGAUAUAUCAUAGGCGGCGUGUAAUUUAUAGAGCAAACUUUCCCGGUGCAGCUAAAAGAUGAAGAGCUUGCUAGCGUUGAGUUUAUUUCUUGCUUUGUUGGGUGUCCUUUCAGCUAGUGAAGAAACUACCCAUCCUACUCUUACUCCAGAGACAUCAGACUCUCAUGACUUCAUAGUUGUUGGAGGCCAGACCUGCUCGGUUUGCACUGUAAUCCCACAGAAUGGUCCAGUUUUUCCAUUAUUUGCUGGUAACGAAACAGUCGAUCCUACUAACCCAUGUGUUACAUAUAAAUGCGUGAUGCCUCAAGUAGGAGGUCCUCAGCUUCUAGUCAUAAAUGCAAGUAAUUCCUGUCCUCCUGUCCACGGGCUCUGUCAAGAUGGAAAACCUCCAUAUUUUGUGCAGGGCCAGUGCUGCAAAGGAUGCCAUGGGAACUUGUUCUUCAUUAGUAAUCCAGAGAAUGGAACAUCAGCACCAGUUCCUCCUAAUACAUGGAGUUCAUGGUCUGAAUGGACGCAGUGCAGCAGGACUUGCGGUGGAGGACGUCAAUCAAGAACGAGACGCUGUCUCACCGAGAAUCAAGUGCAGCUUGACUGCAGUGGUGAAGUGACCCAACUUCAAGACUGCAACACUGAAGUUAGAUGCCCUGUUGAUGGAGGUUGGUCUGAUUGGACCGACUGGUCUGACUGUAGCUUAACCUGUGGGAAUGGAACUAGGACAAGAACAAGGAAGUGUGACAACCCUGCUCCGUUAUUCGGAGGAGCUCAAUGUAAAGGACCCAAAGAAGACACUGAACUUUGCUCACUUGGACACUGCCCUGUUGAUUGCGAAUGGAGAGAGUGGCAGGAAUGGGAGCCUUGCUCCAAGAGUUGUGGGGGCGGACGUCAAGUGAGGAGACGAUUCUACCAACCACCUCAGUAUGGAGGGAAACUAUGUGAAGGGAGAGCAGUCCAACUACAAGAAUGUAAUGCCCAGCACUGUCCAAUUGAUGGUGGUUGGACUGGUUGGACUGAUUGGAGUGACUGUAGUCAGACUUGUGGUGGAGGUGAAUCCCAUCGCCAGCGAACUUGCACUAACCCAGCUCCUCAAUAUGGAGGCAGCAACUGCUCGGGACAUCAUCUAGAACUGAAGGAGUGCGGGGAUAUACCUUGCCCUGUUGAUUGUGAAUGGGAAGAAUGGUCAGAUUGGACAGAGUGCACUGUAUCAUGUGAUGGCGGCAUGCAAUAUAGAUCAAGGAAUAAGACAGAGGCUAUGCACAAUGGAGAGGAAUGUGUAGGAUCAAGCAAUGAGACAAAGUCAUGCAAUACCCAGGAAUGUCCCAAUCCCUGCAAGCCCAAUCCUUGUUUCAGAGGCAGUCACUGUACUAUACUGUCUGAUACAGAGUUCCAAUGUGCUGCCUGUCCUAUCGGCUAUUCUGGGGAUGGUGUCACCUGUACUCAAGUCAAUGAGUGUCAAGUUGCGUCUCCUUGUUCCAGUGAUCCUGAAGUAUUCUGUUUUGAUCUUGAUCCAGGCUACUACUGCUUCAACUGCCCCUCUGGGUACGUUGGAACCGGUAAAUUUGGAUGGAGUCUUGCUGAUGCCGCCAACAAACAGGUUUGUGAAGAUGCUAACGAGUGUACCAAUGGUCAGUCUAAAUGUCAUGAACACAGAGAAUGUAUUAACACCAGGGGUUCUUACCAGUGUGGUGACUGUAAGCCUGGUUACAUAGCUCAGGGUAGCUACAACUGUGCACUGGAGAAUCCCUGUGCUGCUGGAGUACACAACUGUAUGAUGGAUGAGUACUGUAUCAAUACCAACCCUGGGGAGUAUGAGUGCCAGUGUCCAAGAGGUAACAUUGGUAAUGGUACCCAGUGUAGUCCUGAUUCAGAUUCCGAUGGUAUACCAGACACAGCCCUCACCACUGGUUGCUCUAAACCUGGAUCAGCUUCAUGCAAAGCUGAUAAUUGUAAGAAUAAAGCCAACAGUGGGCAGGAGGAUGCUGAUGGUGAUGGAUUAGGUGACGCCUGUGAUCCUGAUAUUGAUAAUGAUGGAAUCACUAAUCACAAUGAUAACUGUCCGAGAAUAUCAAACAGGGAUCAGCGUGAUACUGAUCGGGAUCACGUCGGUGAUGCUUGUGAUAACUGCGUUAACGUCAGGAACCCAAGUCAAGAAGAUCUUGACGAAGAUGGGAAAGGAGAUCAGUGUGACAAUGACGUGGAUGGAGACAAUAUUCCUAACAGUCAGGAUAAGUGUGUAAGACAGAAGAGCACCUACAGUAUUAGGGACACUGAUAGAGAUGGGAUUGGAGAUGAUUGUGACAACUGCCCAUACAGGAGGAAUAGAUUCCAAGAAGAUGCUGAUCAAGAUGGAGUAGGAGACGCUUGUGAAUCCACUUCUGAUUCAGAUAAAGACGGCAUACAAGACGGUAUUGAUAAUUGUCGCAACGCUCCUAAUGCUGACCAGCUGGACACUGAUGGCGAUGGUAAAGGUGACGCCUGUGAUGAUGAUGAUGACAAUGAUGGAGUGAAGGACACUGUAGACUCCUGCCCUAAAGUACACAAUCCUAGUGAUGUUCUUGGUAAUGCUUGUGCUAAUGAUUGUGAUGGAGAUGGUACUCCUGAUGCUGAUGAUGUCUGUCCUUGUAAUAAGAACAUUGAUAAAACUGACUUUAGAGAACACACCAUCAUAGCCUUGGACCCAGAGGGAGCUGAACAGGUUGAUCCUGACUGGCAGUUUAAUGAUGAUGGAGCUGAGAUCACUCAACACAAGAACUCAGAUCCUGGUCUUUUGAUUGGUAUGGACAGUUUCCACUCGGUCCUGUACACUGGAACCUUCUUCAUUGAGAAGAACAGUGAUGACGAUUACGCUGGUUUUGUGUUUAACUAUCAAAGCAACAAAAGGUUUAUCGUAGUCAUGUGGAAGAAGACUAACCAGACUUAUUGGAUCAGUAGUCCGUUUGAAGCUAAUGCUUUUGCUGGCAUUCAAGUCAAAGUAGUCGACUCUAAUAAAGGACCCAGUACUCACCUUCGUAACGCCUUAUGGAGGACAGGGAACACUCAUGCUGCCGAUCACAUGGUCAAUGUGAACACUGUUUGGUACGACCCUAACUUCUAUGGAUGGGAGUAUGACACUGGGUAUGCUUGGGAACUGACUUAUAAUGGAAACAAAGACUGUAUGAGACUAAAGUUCUACAAUGGUGCUCGUAUGAUAGUAGACACUGGUUGUCUCUGUGACAUGGGACUCAAAGGAGGUAGACUGGGAGUGUUUGCCUUCUCUCAACAAAACGUGAUAUUCUCAAACCUUCAUUAUGAAUGUCUCUCAGGUGCCAAGCAAGCUUCACAGUGCGCCAAAUAAAUACUUUCGAGAGACAAAAGACAAUUUAAAUAUUAAUUAUCUGGCAUUUUCUCAUGUGACAUCAUUUGUUAUAAGUAACUCUUUCAUUAUUAAUUAUUAUUAUUAUCAUUAUUAUCUGUGUUAUAUUAUUUUGUAUAUUAUUAUUAUUAUUAUAUGUAUUUUCCUUCUUCUCAUCUCGAAAAAAAAUAAUUUUAACUAAAAAUUAUCAACAAUAAUAAUAAUACUAAUAAAUAAUAAUAAUAAUUUCAAUUAUUAAUUGAUAAAAUAGAACCAUCAAACCAUA